AUGCCCCUCAAUGUGCAGCGGGUUCUUCGACGGGCGAUUGACGCACGCAAGAGGUGUGCAGCGUGGUUCGAGAAACGGGGGAUGAAUGACAUCCCCGCUCUGGAUGGGCAUGCAUUCUUCAUCGAUGUUCUUCAAAAGGCGUUUGACACACUAAAGCGACCCAAUGAGGAUAUAAAACGUCCCCAUGCAGCUUCGGCUGACCCUCCACCUUCAACUAAACCCUCUGCCGGUGUGGACUUUGACUCGGCCGGCUCGGAUACGACCUCGGGUGCGCCUUCAGACGCUCACGGGCCUGCCUCUGAGAACAAGCCACGCGACAAGUCCAAAUCUCCGAUUUAUGAACCAGAGGAAUCAACCUGGGAUGUUCGAUUUUCCAUUUUCUGUCUUUUCGAGGAUCUCCACAAAAUCCGGGAACAAGUUAUCAAAGUCUGGACCGAGUACAACAAAGGAGAAUUGGAUUUGGUUUCUGCCUCGAUCAUCACACAAGCAGCCAUUGAACUUGUACGCCGUGCUGAAAAAGAGAUCUACCAGACUUAUGCCGAUUUUUUUCCCACUCAGAGUUAUGAGAAGCUUGUUUACUGUCUCUGGUGUGGCUCGCCGUUCUCGGAUAAACUGGCGGACGGAAAGCUAGAUCCGAUCAAAAUAGGCCCCUUUGACGAGUUUAUCUUUCUGCCAACAGCCCAAAUUUUAUUUAGAUUUGCCAUAUUUCGGAACCUGUUCACCAUGGGCAGUUGGCCUCCCCCCGUGUUCCCAUUAAGCUUGCAUUUCAUCUCCUCUCCCGAAGCAUUAACAGAGUCUCCUCGGAUGCGCGAAGCUGAAGAAGAGGACCGUAUACUCUCUCAGCUAUUCUUGGAUAUGAUCCUUCAAGACAAGGUGGACUGCAGCAAGCAAUGGGAAGCUGUACAGCUACAGCAACUUGCCACUUUUCCUCUCGACGAGGUUUUCAAAGAGUCGUUAAAUGAGACAACAUAUGCUAGCGCCCGCGUGAUCUGGAAAAAGGGUAUUGUAUCCUUACAGAAUGUGUUUACAUGGAGGCUCUUCCUGGACGUGUGGCGUAUAUGCGGUAAAACCUUCGAGGGCGCUAACAUGCUCACUUCGGUGGGGAACCAGAUCACCAAAUUAUUGUUUAUACAGCACGAUUCUAGCAACAGAAACGAAAUCAGGUGGCCAAGAACGGCGGAUUCCCUUUUGCGACAUAUUUCUCAUCUGAUUGAAUUCAGAUGCCACAGGGUAAUCAAUAGCUUCAUCAAAAUGAGCGUGCUAGAGCAGCAUGCUUCGUAUAAACCGCCAGACAAAGAUACGCAAAUGCGAAUCGCGAGCAAUUUCAAAAUCCGGAGUGAACCGGAACGAAAGCAACUCCAAGAAAACAUGGAGAAACUUGAUCUGAAUUUCAUCAUGCCCCCCGACGAGUACGAGUUCAUGAUUAAUCGUAACCCCUUGUAUGUCGGCGACUCUCUAAUGAAUCUUUAUGUGCAAACGGGGUAUGUGGGCAUAGAGCUGGCCAACCACUCUGUUUCCAUAUUCUCCUUUGCGCAUCUUUACAAUGCGUGGCGUCAAAUGGGCCUUGUUGAAUCUCUCGGUCUCGAAUGGAAUAUUAUAGAAAUGAUGAUGGAUAGCCAAAUCGUUCCUCUGUUUGCUGGCGAAUUCCCUACCACACCUGGGGCCAUAGCCUCCAGGUAUCGAUACAGAAUGGGCCGCACGAGCGCUGGGAACAGUGCAUUCUUAAAGAGACGACCAUGGCUAUUCAGACUUCCUGCCGCCGAUGCAAUCCGCCAGUUCUUUGGAGACGUCGAGCAGAAAGAACGAGGACUUCACAGCUUACAGGAGCUGUUCCAAAAACGAAACCAACAGGCGUCGGGGUCCAGGACCGGAUCUUCAAAGCGGGCGAAUACAAGCCACCGGCAACUCACGCCAGUUCAGUUCAUGAAGCAGCUGCUGGAGCAUAUCCCAGGCAUGGUAGUAGAAAUGACGAUCGACUACAUCACUUUGACGCAAAACUGCAGUGAAAUCAUAGAAGGUGUGUACAAAGAACUAGAGAGCUCAAACGACUUUGAAUUCGUUUCGAGAGAGAAGACCUCCGAGGAUAACUUGUGUGUUACUGUGACCGAGUUUAUUUUAGACAGCAACGCCGAGCAAUAUGAGUCGUUUACUCGGGUUGGUCGACCUAGCGAGCCAUUCACUGGAGGACCUGCUCUCAAGCUUGCAGCGAAAGCUUUUGGUGAAUUUUUAACGAAGGAGAGAGAAAGACAGAAACAAAAUGGGACGGGAAAAAUGCAUGGCCGUUUUGUUGUCUGA